AUGUCUGUGCGAUCGGAACGUGGGCGUUCGCCCAUCUCCCCCCGCGACAAGAUUCCAUUGCGCUCCAAGUCUCCGGACGCGCGCCACAAAAAUGGAACUCGAAGCCCAUCCCCUGCACGUUCGCGCCACAUAAGCCGAACUCCCUCCUCCCACGUUAGAUCCCGAUCUCCCCGCAGUCGCAGUCGCAGCGGCCAACGUUACCGUGGCCGCAGCUACUCUCGCUCGGCCAGUCCCCCGCAAAGCGCAAAGAUCGUGGUUGAGAAGUUGACCAGAAAUGUGACUGAAGAACAUCUUCAAGAAAUCUUUGGCGCCUUUGGCGAAAUCCUGAAGAUCGACCUCCCGAUGAAUAGAGGCUGUGGGUCGUCCUGCGACACAUAUGAAGAAUUAGAUCCUAACAACAUCCCAUCUCCAGUCAACACUAACAAAGGCACUGCCUAUAUUAUCUACCGUGAACCCGCAGAUGCCGAGGCCGCGAUCUCCCACAUGCACGAAGGCCAAUUGGAUGGCGCCGUGCUCAGCGUCGCAAUCAUCCUUCCACGUCGGCGAUUCUCCCGAACUCCCCCACCUUCUAAUCGGACCGUUGGCCGGCCAAGAUUUGCCCUCUCCCCUCCUAGACGCCAAAACCGUCGAACCAAUGACACAUACCGACCCCCAUCCGUGUCGCGGUCUCGAUCCCCUCGACGCUCUCGAUCUUAUUACUCACGCUCUCCACAAACUGGCACUCGCCGACGUAGCCCCAGCUACGAUAGUCGCAGUCGUAGCCCGAAGAGAAGCAGAAGCCGCAGUUCCAGCCUCAAGCGAGACUAA